AUGCAUCAUUGCAAUGAAAUUCUCAAUAUCAGCGCCAAGCUCAGCAGCAUCGACGCUAAUAUGGAGGACGAAGACGUGUCGAUCCGUUUGUUGUGCAGCCUCCACAAGAACUACGAGAUCGUCGUGCUGAACUUGGAGAUGAGCAGCGCGGAGCUGCGGACGCAAGACAUCGUGAAAGUGCUUACGAAGGAACACAUUAAGAGACAAGGGAUAAAGAUAAUACAGGUGAAGACUGAAGAAGCUACCAAGGCCUUCAGCACCGAGCGUGAAUUCCGUCAGUGUACGUUCUGCGGAAAUUGGGGCACGCAGUGGAGAAGUGCUGGACCAAGUAGAAGGAAGACAAUCGGGGAGCUUGACGCGGCGGCAAUGCACGUGGACGCGGAGCGAAUCAAGGUCAAUGGCAAGGCUACAACGGCGAUAACAACUAUGACUAUGAUCGAGUGGCGUUUGCUGUUUCGCUGGAAUGCGGACUUUUGGUAA